AUGAACGUUGUGCCCUUCUUCAACACCUGGUAUGGCAACGCCGUAUUGUUUGUUAUUAUCCUCCAUCUCGGAAUGCUCCGGUUUGAACGGGCAACACGGGUCGAAGAUCAUAGCACCGCAGCAACCGAGAAUCUGCAGCACCACAGAAGCGACUCCCCUCAUGGUUGUAAGAGGUGUCUUGGAGACAUUGCCUUCUCAAGGAUAGACAAUGCUCUAGAUUCGACAGAGAGGCAUCCCUUGUUUCAGCCAGCGUUCAUGCGCACAUACGUACAACUCACGGAGCUGUAUGUGGAUAUGCGCGACUCGAGGUCGACAUUCUUCUCGGAUAUCGAUGCAUGCCGCGCCAAGUUGAUGAGACAAAUUGUCGAGCCAGCGUGGCCGAUGGACGACAUAGAGAUCGAGUUCACAGACCAGAAUGGGAAAGACAGGAGAGAAAAGGUCGUCGGCCGGCCUGCUGUCAUUCUAGGGGCGACGCAUACCUCUUUCAGACACGAGCUAAGGUCUCAUACUACCUAUACGAUCAAAACACGCAUUUUGGGCUGGGACUCUAGCUGGGUUUUCGUGGGGUCUUGGAUCAUUAGCAACAAUGAGCCUAGGGGGAACAUUUACGCAACCAACCUGGCAAAGUACAUUAUCAAGAAGGGAAGCAUUACUGUCCGCCCUGAGCAGUACUUUGAAGAAUGCGGAUGGAUCUCCUCCCGACAGAAACAAGACCAUAAGGAAGAACAUCUCACAAGCAACGCCAGAGUCUGGUCAUGGCUGGAAACCGAGAGGGUAAAGAACAAGGACUAUGAAGACUGA